CAGCAAGUCAUUUUCUAGAGACUUCUUGCAACUACAGUGGGAGUGACACGUAUCAACUCCUCUUUGAUAACGCGGAGCUUGCUUAUUUUCUACUCCAUCCGAAGAAACCUAAAUUCGACUAUCGGAAUAUGGAGGAGGGAUUGCUAGAAAUACGACCGCCGAGACUAGAAGAUGCCGGUCUCGAAGAUUGUGCGCUGCCACUGGAAUCCAUCAAAGAGGCUUUCCUCAAGGCCGCCAGCGCCGUGCGGUCGACCCUUUCCCAUUCGGACCACGAUGCAGAGGGCAGUUGCGUGGACGAUCCGUGGCUAGUCACCGGAGACCCAACCGAUUCGCUCGUUGGGAUUGCGGACGGCGUCGAUGGAAGUCCCGGUUGUUGCGUAACCGAGAAGCGACCCGAGUUGACCGGCGAUGAGGUUGUCGUAGCCGCCGGUGCAGGCGAAAAGGAAGAGCGAUCGGAUGCGCUUUUGGCACCGGGUUUGCCCGAAGGCGGCGGAUCUUGCGUGGAUGCAUUGGAAGGAUUAUCGAUUGGAGAUACGGUGAAAAAAACAAGCAAAAAAACAGGAAAUCAGGAUGAUGGUGACGAUGGCCAGAACGAAGAUGGGAAGACUGAAAAACCAAUCCUAGUUGAAGAUUUUGCAUAAACCAGAGAAGAUCAUGCCGUAGUCUACUACUAGUCUGUUUCAUUCAAAAUCUUAUCACGUUGUUCAAAAAAGCAGUCAAUGACCGGCCUCUGCCAUAAUCGUAUGAUAAUAAUUCCAUUUGGUGAGCAGUAUUAGUGUUAAUCAAAGUAGUGAAUUUUGAUGACAAACUCAGGGUUUUCAUCCACAUUCUUGUUCUGCGUUCAUUUGAUUAAUCUGGUAGAUGGUGGUUAUGGGACGCAAAUGUGGAUAGUAUCUGGCAUUUAAAACAACUAUGUAUACUAAACAAUUUUCUAAAUACUGAA